GCGCCCGGCCAGCAUUGUAUUUUUAAUAGCACAAACAGGUUGGGGAAUGUUCAACGAAACUAAUUUUUUUCCCCCUUCCUAACAUGGAGCUGCUGUUUGCUUAUACAGGGGAAAGGUAGGGUUUCUGGGAGGAAUAGAGAUGAAAGGAAAAAGUAAUUUUGGAGCAUGAGAUAUUCUGGGGAAUGAGACUCUCCUUUAGGGCAAACUAGGGACCCAAGAGCCAGGGGGCCAUGAAGGUGGGAGGCAGAAGAGAAGGCGGAUGUCAGAGACACGCAAUAGUUAUUUGGGGGAAAAUUGUUGAUUUGUGCACAACUCAUAUCUUGGGAAAUGAAAGGAAUGUUCUUUCUCUGUCACCUGCUGUUCCUCUUCACCCUCCACUGCCUUAUAUGGCCCAGUACGCAGAAUACAAACCAGUGCUAGAUUACAUGCUACAUGCCUGACAGUGAGACAUUGCUUCUGCAGGAGUUCUUGCUUCCAGUCAAUGAGUUUACCACUACAUCUUGGGACACACUCAUUUUAAAGUUGGGAACUGCCUGUAUAAGACAUGGUUACUGCCCUGGAGGGAUUCACAGCGACUAGAUUUAAGGGAGACCAGUUAAUAAAUAGGAAACUACUGGAGAAUAAUCAAUGGUCAGCUGUAGGAUAUUGGUUUUAAGUAAAAUGCAAGUUUAUGCUAGGGUGGUAUGUCGGUUCAUUGAAAUUCUCACAUAGGACAGUAUGACUGAUCUAUGCUAAGAAUAUACUUGGAUAGUAAGAGGAGGAAGAAGAAAAUUCUAAAUGGUGAUGGAAAUCAACUGGAGCCAAUGUUUGGCAUCAGACAUGAGCAUGGACAGGAUAGGCUGCUGCAAGGAUGAAUCAGGCCUGAUGGAAGCAUAAUGGCUUUCUAAGAAGCAGUGGGAGAUUGGCAUGGCUAAAGUAAGAUGGGGUCAAACAUUUCCUGUAAAUUAAAGUUCAUGAAACAUAUCACUUGAAAUUUGCACACAUUUCAUGUGACUGAACACUUUGAGGCAGAAAGUCUUGACAUACUUUUUCAGGGGCAUGAGUUAAUGUGGCUAAAGUUCAGAUGAGGUGAGGAUCAGAUCUUGGAAGAACGAGAAUCCAUAUUAAGGACUUUGGAUUUGAUGAAAUAGUGCAUUUAUGGUGUUAUUGGAAAUACUUCAUUAGGGCUGGAGCAUUGGCUUGUGGCUGGCACACAAGAUGAAGGUGGAAGAAGUCAGGGAUACCACUUAGGAAGCUGCUAUGAUAGGCCAGGAGUGAGGAGCUGAGUACCUGGACCAAGACGGAAGCAGCAGGUUGGAGAAAACACAUCUGAAAGUCUCUGUGGAGAUGGAAAUGAUAGGACUUAGAGAUCGCAUAGGGUGAGCCACAGAAAGUCCGUAGGUUUCUCUGGGUAACUUAAGCAUAAUAGGAACACUAUUAGAAGUUCAUGUUCCCAUGAAAGUUCCUUACCUGUGGAGCCUCCCAUGCCCUCCUGGUGAACCUCCAUUUCUAAGGAAACCCUAUAGCAUCUAUUGAGUAAUUUAAUUCUGCAAAAAUUCAGACGUCUCCAAUGGAAGUCUUUAAGCACAUAUUCACUAACUUGAUUUUGCAAAAUUAUGUUAGCAAAUAUGUGCUAUAAGGUUUCCAACCCGACAGACAUAAGCAUGUAAAUCAUUCUACUGCUAGUUUUGGUGGAGGGUAGUGACAACUGUCAGUGUUUCAUAAAAGAGUAACAUGUCCAGAGUUUGUUCGCACAGAAAUGAAUGCUUUUUAGCUUCAUCACCCCUGUGCCUUUCCCAUGAACCCCGUCUCCCCAGGAAACGAUAUAGCACCAAUUUAAUAACUUAAUUUGUAAAAGGAGGUUAGUGAAUCAAUUCUGUAAGACUCAUGGAAAUAUUUGAAAUUAAUUAGCCUUGUCAGCUUUUAUUUGCGUAGGCUGUCUUUAAACCAUAUCCCCCAGUCCAAGUACAACUUUUUAGCAAGACUGAUUUUAAACAAUGAGACUUAGAGAAUCUGUGUACAAGGAGCUUGAAUAAUUUAAAUGCGUGAGUUUAUUAUUAACACAGUAGCAAAUAUAUCAAGGAAACACGCCCCAUGAAAAGUGUUUCAAAGAAACACAAAUCUGUUCUGAGAAAGGUCUAUACACAAUAAGUAAGCCCAAAGAGGCAUGUUUGCUUGGUGAUGCCCAGCAGAUAAGCCUGGCAAACCUCGGUGUGAUCGAAGAAGCCAAUUUGAGACUCAGCCUAGUCCAGGCAAGCUACUGGCACCUGCUGCUCUCAACUAACCUCCACACAAUGGUGUUCGCAUUUUGGAAGGUCUUUCUGAUCCUAAGCUGCCUUGCAGGUCAGGUUAGUGUGGUGCAAGUGACCAUCCCAGACAGUUUCGUGAACGUGACUGUUGGAUCUAAUGUCACUCUCGUCUGCAUCUAUACCACCACUGUGGCCUCCCGAGACCAGCUUUCCAUCCAGUGGUCUUUCUUCCAUAAGAAGGAGAUGGAGCCAGUUUCUAUUUACUUUUAUCAAGGUGGACAAGCUGUAGCCAUCGGACAAUUUAAAGAUCGAAUUACAGGGUCCAACGAUCCAGGUAAUGCAUCUAUCACUAUCUCGCAUAUGCAGCCAGCGGACAGUGGAAUUUACAUCUGUGAUGUUAACAACCCCCCAGACUUUCUCGGCCAAAACCAAGGCGUCCUCAACGUCAGUGUGUUAGUGAAACCUUCUAAGCCCCUUUGUAGCAUUCAAGGAAGACCAGAAACUGGCCACACUGUUUCCCUUUCCUGUCUCUCUGCGCUUGGAACACCUUCCCCUGUGUACUACUGGUAUAAACUUGAGGGAAGAGACAUCGUGCCAGUGAAAGAAAACUUCAACCCAACCACCGGGAUUUUGGUCAUUGGAAAUCUGACAAAUUUUGAACAAGGUUAUUAUCAGUGUACUGCUAUCAACAGACUUGGCAAUAGUUCCUGCGAAAUCGAUCUCACUUCUUCACAUCCAGAAGUUGGAAUCAUUGUUGGGGCCUUGAUCGGUAGCCUGGUAGGUGCCGCCAUCAUCAUCUCUGUUGUGUGCUUCGCAAGGAAUAAGGCAAAAGCAAAGGCAAAAGAAAGAAAUUCGAAGACCAUCGCGGAACUUGAGCCAAUGGCAAAGAUAAACCCAAGGGGAGAAAGCGAAGCAAUGCCAACAGAAGACGCUACCCAUCUAGAAGUAACUCUACCACCUUCCAUUCAUGAGACUGGCCCUGAUAACAUCCAAGAACCAGACUAUGAACCAAAGCCUACUCAGGAGCCUGGCCCAGAGCCUGUCCCAGGAUCAGAGCCUAUGGCAGUGCCUGAUCUUGACAUCGAGCUGGAGCUAGAGCCAGAAACGCAGUCGGAAUUGGACCCAGAGCCAGAGCCAGAGUCAGAGCCUGGGGUUGCAGUUGAGCCCUUAAGUGAAGAUGAAAAGGGAGUGGUUAAGGCAUAGGCUGGUGGCCUAAGUACAGCAUUAAUCAUUAAGGAACCCAUUAGUGCCAUUUGGAAUUCAAAUAACCUAACCAACCUCCAUUUCCUCCCUAACCAACCUCCACUUCCUCCCUCCCUUUUGACCAACCUUCUUCUAACAAGGUGCUCAUUCUUACUAUGAAUCCAGAAUAAACACGCCAAGAUAACAACUAAAUCAGUGCAAGGGUUCCUGCAUUACCAAUAUAGAAUACUAACAAUUUUACUAAUAUGUAAGCAUAACAAUUGACAAGGCAAGUUAUUUCUAACUUAGUUGAGUUUUGCAACAGUACCUGUUAUUUCAGAAAAUAUUAUUUCUCUCUUUUUAGCUACGCUUUUUUUUCUUUUUUUUUUUAGACAGAGUCUUGCUCCGUCACCCAGGCUAUGAUGGUAGUGGUGCGAUCUCAGCUCACUGCAACCUCUGCCUCCCGGGUUCAAGUGAUUCUCCUGCCUGAGCCUCCUGAGUAGCUGGGAUGACAGGCACGUGCCACCAUGCCCAGCUAAUUUUUUUGUAUUUUUAGUAGAGACGGGGUUUGACCGUGUUAGCCAGGAUGGUCUCCAUCUCCUGACCUCAUGAUCCACCCACCUUGGCCUCCCAAAGUGCUGGGAUUACAGGCGUGAGCCACUGCGCCCAGCCUCUUUUUAGCUACUCUUAUGUUCCACGUGCACAUAUGACAAGGUGGCAUUAAUUACAUUCAAUAUUAUUUCUAGGAAUAGUUUCCCAUUCAUUUUUAUAUUGACCACUAAGAAAAUAAUUCAUCAGCAUUAUCUCAUAGAUUGGAAAAUUUUCUUCAACUACAAUAGAGGAGAAUAUGUAAAGGGUAUAUAUUAAUUGGUACAUAGCAUUUAAAAUCAGGUCUUAUAAUUAAUGCUUCAUUCCUCAUAUUAGAUUUCCCAAGAAGUCACCCCGGUUUCCAAUAUCUGAGCACAGCAAAUUUCAAAAAUAACACAAUUUCACGCCUGUAAUCCUAGCACUUUGGGAGGCCGAGGUGGGUGGAUCACCUGAGGUCAGGAGAUCGAGACCAGCCUGGCCAAAAUGGUGAAACCCCCGUCUCUACUAAAAAUACAAAAAUUAGCUGGGUGUGGUAGUGCAUGCCUAUAAUCCCAGCUACUUGGGAGGCUGAGGCAGGAGAAUCACUUGAACCCAGGAGGUGGAGGUUGCAGUGAGCCGAGAUUGUACCACUUUACUCCAGCCUGGGCGACAGAGUGAGACUCCAUCUCAAAAACAAAAACAAAAACAGAAACCAAGCAAACAAAAAACAAAAAAUCCCCACAACUUUGUCAAAUAAUGUACAGGCAAACAUUUUCAAAUAUAAUUUCCUUCAGUGAAUACAAAAUGUUGAUAUCACAGGUGAUGUACAAUUUAGUUUUGAAUGAGUUAUUAUAUUACCACUGUGUCUGAUGUUAUCUACUUUGAAAGGCAGACCAGAGAAGUGUUCUAAAUGAACACUUAAGAUCUAUUUUAGAUAAUUUCAAAUAAUUAUUUAAAUAACCUGUUUUACUGCCGGUACAUUCCACAUUAAUAAAGCGAUACCAAUCUUAUAUGAAUGCUAAAUAUUACUAAAAUGCACUGAUAUCACUUCUUCUUCCCCUGUUAAAAAGCUUUCUCAUGAUCAUAUUUCACCCACAUCUCGCCUUGAAGAAACUUACAGGUAGACUUACCUUUUCACUUGUGAAAUUAAUCAUAUUUAAAUCUUACUUUAAGGCUCAAUAAAUAAUACUCAUAAUGUCUCAUUUUAAUGACUUCUAAGGCUAGUCCUUUUAUAAACAACUUUUCUGACAUAGCAUUUAUGUAUAAUAAACCAGACAUUUAAAGUGUA